AUGAAGAGGUGGUUGACGAGCGAUGAAAGGCGCAAGAAAGAGCCAGAGGUGUUCGCUAAUGUGACAGACGGCCUGAAAAAGAUAUACAAAACGAAGUUGUUACCACUGGAAGAAACGUACAAGUUUCAUGACUUUCAUUCACCACAGCUGGAUGAUCCUGACUUUGAUGCCAAACCCAUGAUACUCCUGAUAGGCCAGUAUUCAACAGGGAAGACAACAUUUAUACGUUAUCUCUUGGAACAGGAUUUCCCUGGAAUGAGAAUUGGACCAGAACCAACCACUGACAGAUUUAUAGCUGUUAUGCAUGCAGACUCAGAUGGAACAAUCCCAGGAAAUGCCCUUGUUGUGGAUCCCAAAAAACAGUUCAGACCCAUGUCAAAAUUUGGAAAUGCCUUUUUAAAUCGAUUUCAGUGUUCUACUAUGAACAAUCCUGUAUUGAAUAGUAUAUCGAUUAUAGACACUCCUGGUAUUUUGUCAGGUGAAAAACAGAGAGUCGACCGUGGUUAUGAUUUUUCUGGUGUUUUAGAGUGGAUGGCAGAAAGGGUCGACCGAAUCAUUUUGUUGUUUGAUGCACAUAAACUUGACAUUUCAGAUGAAUUUAGGCGUGCAAUAGAUGCCAUAAAAGGUUACGAUGAUAAAAUUAGAAUCGUUUUAAACAAAGCUGAUAUGGUUGAUCAUCAACAACUCAUGAGAGUUUAUGGCGCUCUUAUGUGGUCUUUAGGAAAAGUUCUUAAUACACCAGAAGUGGCUCGAGUUUAUUUAGGUUCAUUUUGGGACAAACCUCUGCAUUUUGAUGUCAACAGAAGACUAUUUGAAUUAGAAGAACAAGAUUUAUUUAGAGAUUUACAGAGUUUACCAAGAAAUGCAACCCUUAGAAAAUUGAAUGAUCUUAUCAAAAGAGCCCGAUUGGCAAAGGUUCAUGCCUAUAUUAUCAGUCAUCUAAAGAAAGAAAUGCCUUCUGUUUUUGGUAAAGAUUCCAAGAAGAAAGAAUUGAUCAAUAAAUUACAAGACACCUAUGCUCUGUUACAAAGGGAACAUCAAAUUUCACCUGGCGAUUUCCCUAAUUUAAAACGCAUGCAGGAACAAUUACAGUUUCAUGACUUCACCAAAUUUCAACCAUUAAAACCUAAGUUAUUAGAUAAUGUGGAUCAAAUGUUGGCAACAGAAAUAGCUCGAUUGAUGCAACAAAUACCACAAGAAGAGGCCAACCAAACUGAUAUUAAUGUCGUCCAUGGAGGUGCUUUUGAAGGUUACAAUGAAAGUCCCUUUGGUAUUGGUAAAGGGGAAGGCAUUGAUGCAGGACGCGGGGAACAUGAAUGGAUUGUUGCUCAAGAACAACCCGAAUUCAAUACUAGGUUUGAUCAAUUAAAUCCUGUGGAUGGAAAAAUUAGCGGAGCUGCUGCUAAAUCAGAACUUGUGAAAUCCAAACUACCCAAUUCAGUAUUAAGUAAAGUUUGGAAACUUUCUGAUGUUGAUAAAGAUGGUAUGUUAGAUCAAGAUGAAUGGGCCUUAGCUAAUCAUCUCAUUAAGAUCAAAUUAGAAGGUCAUGAUUUACCAUCUGAACUACCUGAGCAUUUAAUACCUCCAUCAAAACGAGGAAUGUAAUGUGGAAAUUAGUUUCAUGUCAAACACAUUUUAUGUUAUUUUUUAGUUUUCAUUAUUAUAUCGUGUGAGAAGUCUUUAAGAUUGUCCCUACCUUGGUCUAUAUUGACUUGGGUUCUUGGAUGUGUAUUAAUAUUUAUAACAUAUUUAUACCAUCAUUACUGUUUGUUUCUGACCAACUUGUCUAUAUCUAUCACAAUGUUUAUUACAUCAAAUUUUGUAUAAGAUGAAAAUAAAAUAGCAGAAUUUGGAUAGCGUCUCAUGCAAUGAUAAGCACCAAAUUAUACAUCAAAAUAAGCAUGAUUUUUGUGACAUAAAAUACUUAAUAGACCCAAGAUCUUUGAAAUAUGAAUUCAGAUCUUUUUCAAAAGCCUUAAAACAGAUAAAUUAAACUAAAGGCAAGCAGUGUAUAUUACAAAAUACAAAUUGUAAAUUCUUUUGUAUUUCUUAUUUUUAAUACUCUUGUUUAUUUAUUGUUGAUUACUGUUAUUAGUUGAUUCUUUAUAUUAUUUUAUAUCUUUAUCAAAACUAAAAUUAUUGUUAUGUUUGCUCUGUAUUUUAUAUAUAAUUUUAGACGUCUGCAUAUAUAAACCUCUUCCAAAAUUAUUCUGGUUAGAAAAAAAAUUCAAAAAAUGGUUAGAAAAAAAUGAAAAAAAAAUGUUUUUUUUCUAUGUUUAAGUCUAUUUUGAAUACGAUUUGUUUAGUGUUUAUUUUCUUAAUACAAAACCAAACUGGUGCCAAGUAAUAAUAUAUAUAUGUAUAAUACUAAAACCAUGUAAAUAAAAUUAGGGUCUUUAUAUUGGGUCCACAACAGACUGCAUAAAAUACCGUUAAGUUGAUGCAAAUCCUCAAUGCUAUGUUAACAAAGUAAUAUGUGUUUGACCCUAUGAAUAUGCAAUGAUCUCCAAGCGCUAAAAUCUAUAAGUAUAUGCCUGUAAAGCAGUGACUAGUUUUAAAAGAGUUAUUGUAGAAAAAUAUAUUGGUUAUUUUUGUAAAAAUAAACAAAACUCACAAAAUUUGAAUACAUAUUGUUAACCAAUAACCAAACAAUAUGUAGGCCACCUUUUGUGAACCCAAACUCCAAAAAAUCGAAAAACAAAAUAUCUUAACAUCAGAAUUUGUGAUAAGUGUAGAUUUUUGCAUUAAGAAAUACAAUACUUACGACAAAAUAAGAUUUUUUGUGGAAUUGGGCCAAGACUCAAGGGACAAAUUUUAUUCAAGGACUAACUGCAAGAAUGAUCUAUGUACUAUGUAUGUGCUAUACAUUCAUUCAUUGUUCUUUUCAAAACUGUUCAUGUAACAAUGUGAAGUAGAUUCAUUUUUAGAUUAUUGUCCUAAAUGAAUUGAUUUUAAGACAAUUUUGUCCUGUCCUAUUCUAGUCUACUAAAUACAGGGUUUUCAUUCAAUAUUAUAUUAUGUUUGUCUGUUAUUAACAUGGUUGCUUCCCUUGGAUUAGUUUUAGUGCAUAAUAGAAAAAUAUCAUUAAUUUUGUAUACUAACAAAUUUAUGUGGUUUUGUAUAGUUUUAUAUGAACUACAAGUAACAAGUAAGGCAUAAAAAAAAUUUUGUGAUUAAAAAUGUUAGUGAAUUAUGAAGCUUUUAUUAAUUUAACAGAAACUGGUGGGAUGUAUUGCAUAUCAGAACCAAAUUUAGAACCUUUAGUCCAACAUGACCGGCAAAUUUAAUGGGCUUUGUUUUAUUGCAAGAAAUUCAGCUACCUUUCAACUAGGGGGAAAUUAACAUAUUUAUUAGGUAUUGUUGAGUGUUAUUUAUGUAAUUUUAUGUUUUUAGAGCAGUAUAUAUUUAGACCAAUAUUGUGAAGAAUAACUGCAUAUAUAUAUAUCAAAUUAGUAAUAAAAAGUUAGCCAGAUGGCUUGGUCCCAUUUUUUGUCAACAAUUAUUGUAAAAUUUGAUAAAAUAUUGCUUUGUAUUGAAGAAAUGUGUAUCUAUAAAACCAUUUAAAUUAUUUCAUUUGUUAUUGACAACUUCUUUCAUGGAGUUUUGAACAAUGGUGAGCCUGUCAAUCUAAUUAAAAUUAUAUAACAAUUUCA